UUAAGGAUCUGUCAAGAUACGCCCUUAACUAGUGUGUAUUCGGCGUUCGGGUAAAGCGCACGACGUAACACCCAGCGCUUCUCAAACUGCGAUGUUUAUUCUCCCACAAACAAAAAUCGAACUCUCAUGGAUACGGUGCUAAAAGUUGUCGUAAACACGGACGAAUAGUGUGGUCGGUUAGUUUUAAUGUUUUUUAAAUUUUUGUGUGCGUUUUUAAAACUAUUCGACUUAUAUCAAUAAGUUUUGGGAUUCACGCGUUGUGUCAUACGAAGUGGUCGUGUUGUGUGCCGGAUGAUGGACGAGGAAAGUUUAUCUCAGUUCACGAUUUGGACCAUACCAACGUUAGGGCGGCGAAUUCGACUCAAUCGAAGAUCGAUAGCGUACAGUGUGAAUAGUUAAACCCUCAGUAAUAUUAGAUGUUAAAAAGCUAAUGUUAGUGAGAGACUAAGCGCGAUGCGCCCCGUGUGGUAUACGCAACGGACACUGCUGGCGUUCCUUAUGAUCGCUGUUUCCACUUCGCCGUCGGCCACUCAGAGUACUAUACUUGCAGGCAGUCCGUUAUCGUCAGUCACGGGGACAGUGACGCGCGUGUCGUCCGUCGUGGGCGGCGAGGCGGACCUGUCCUGUGACUCGCGCCCACCACAGCGCAAUGACAGCCUGUUGCUCGUCGUGUGGUACAGGGACGACAACCCAGUGUACAGUUAUGACACACGUGUGCCAGGACCUACGGGCCACUGGUCGGACGACAUGUUCGGGGAUCGCGCGCGGUGGUUCGGCCAGCCCACGUCAGCGCUGCGGGUCCGAGACGUGCAGGCGCGCGACCGGGCCAUUUACAGAUGUCGCGUCGACUUCCAAGUGUCGCCGACUAGGAACUACCGCAUUGCGCUCGAUGUUAUUGAGCUGCCCUCGAAGCCGGUGAUCUUCGACGAGUUCGGCAAAGAAAUAUCCGGAACCGCCGGCCCUUACAACGAGGGGGGCGACUUCAAACUUAUUUGCUCCGUUAACGGGGGAAACCCCACACCUCGCGUGCAGUGGCUACAAGGCGACACAGUGCUCUCAACACUGGGCGCGAGCGAGCUGCAGCCUGCGGGCAGCAGCAGGUCAUUGACCCUAACCAUCUCCAACGCGACGAGAGCGCACUUGUCCUCCGUGUACACUUGCACAGCGGACAACACGCCGUUGUCGCCCCCACUACGUGCGACAGUACGAGUGGAUUUAUACUUGAGGCCGCUCUCCGUCGAGAUCCUGUCAAGGGAGCAGCCGCUAUCUGUGGGAAGACAGGCGGAGCUUUGGUGCAAGUCGACCGGCGCGCGACCGCCCGCCAUAGUCACGUGGUGGCUCGGUGGUAAAAAGCUGGACUCCAUUACUAAACAACAGGACUUGGAAGACCGCAAUGAGACUCAGUCGCUUCUGCAGUGGACGCCAUUAAAGGAGCACAACGGAAAGGUGCUCACUUGCCGGGCAGAGCACUCGAAGUUCAACACGACAACGAUAGAGAGCAAAUUACCGCUCAAUAUUUAUUACGUUCCCGUUGCCACAAUGCAUCUUGGAGCUAAAAUGAACCCGAACGAUAUCGAAGAAGGCGACGAUGUGUACUUCGGAUGCGAAGUCGACGCAAACCCGCCCGCGUACAAAGUGGUGUGGGAACACAACGGAGUCCUACUCCAGCACAACCCAUCAAACGGAGUGAUCCUCACUGGGAACACCAACCUCGCCCUCCGCAACGUGUCUCGGCUCCAGGCCGGUGCCUACACGUGCACGGCGUCCAACGUCGAGGGAGACGGCAAGUCGCCUCCCCUGCGGAUGCAAGUUGUUUAUAGGCCAAUAUGUCGGAAAAGAGAGAUAAAGAUGAUCGGCGCAGCGCUUCAAGAGCCAUCAAGGGUGGAAUGCGAUGUCGACGCUUUUCCACCGCCGGACACCUUCGAGUGGACACUCAACAGCUCGGCCGGGCCCAUCAAGGUUAACCCGGAUCGAUUCACGGUGGAUGCUAAAAUAGGAAAAUCGGUGCUAACAUACAUCCCAGUGUCAGACAUUGACUACGGGACCCUGUUGUGUCGCGCGACCAACCUCGCUGGCCACCAGAUAUCGCCGUGCGUGUACACACUGCUCCCGGCGACCAGGCCUGACCCGCCAUCCAACUGCUCGGUGUACAACCUUACUGACGACUCGUUGGAUUUGACGUGUCUCGCAGGUUACGAGGGCGGCCUCCAAUGUACAUACGUAGCAGAAGUUUGGGCCAACGAGGGUUUGGUGACGAAUUCAACGAACAAAGCGACAGUUUGGAACCUGAGGAGACUUGGUGCUAAAAGGCAUCUCAAGUUGGUGGUUUACGCCGCCAAUGCUCGGGGGAGAUCCGAACACGUCUCAUUCACAGUUGAAACUGCGCCAAGAUUGGCGCCAAGAACUGAAGCGCAAGAAGCGUGGGAAGUGAACUGGGCAGUCGGCGGUGUCCUCGGUGCAGCUCUGACUGUCGCCAUCAUUCUGUGCCUGGCGCUGAUCGCGACGAGGUUGCGGCCUAGGUCUAGGGAUUAUGAAGUGACGAUGCAAUCAACGAAGAACCAGAAGGCGGCGUUGCAGAAGCGAUGUUCUCCUGACGACCGCAACCCAGACCUUAUUCCUCUUAGUAAAGGUAUAGAUUGUCCACCUGAUCCGCCGCAGUACUCUACGGUGGUGGCCAAGUCGGAAGCCAAGAACUCCGUCAGCUCUCACAGUUUGGCGCGGACACAAUCUCCGACUUCGCCUGUCUCAUCCAACACGCAACACGAAUUAUCGGGUGACCGCAGCGGCGUAAAUGGAACUCUGAGGUCGCAUCGAGAGGUCGUGACCACUCGAACCCCGCUGUUGGCAGCGCAUCAAGAAAGUUGUGUGUAACGAACCUAGUGGCAAUAAGGUUUAAUUUGCGUUGCGACUAUAAAAAUCUGACUGUUAUUUUGGUAUGAAACAAAUAGUUUGUGUGGCCUUAGUAUAUAUACAAGCAAAAACUAUAACCUUAUUGCAUUCCAUAUUGGCCUAUAGGUAUAGGUACUCUAAAUAGGUUGAGUAAAAUUUACUCCUCCUCCUUUUACUCCUAAGUUAAUAGACUUCCGUUUUGUUUCAUAUCACUAUCACAUAUUACAGAUUAACGAAUGGCUUGUUACGGAAUGAGAUCUGAUCAUAGUUGUGCCCUAAUUUAGUUAAAAAGGAGAAGAGUAUCUUCUCUUACCAAUAUGAUAUUUGAAGUACUAUAUGAAAGUUACCAUUUAUUAAAAAAUAAAUGAUUUAUUAAUAAUUGUUUGAUCUUACAAAAGGCGUUGAUAUGUUAUAAUAGAUCAAUUAUAUACACGGUAAAUAGAAAAGGACCCAAAAUUGAUCCCUGUAAGAUACCUAUUAAAUGUCUUCUAUGCAUACCUUUUGUACUCUUGUCAUUGACAAAGCUUAUUAACAACGUUAUUUAAAUACUUCUCCAGAGACAAAACAAUCAUAUCCGUAUUUUUUUAAUAUUCAGAGUAAAAAAUCUAUAAUUCUUACUUCAUUUUGAAAUUUAUCUGUUUCUUUUAAAGACCUUUUUCUCUUUUUCCUAUAGUUAUAUGCCUUUUUUAUGUUCUAUCAAUUCUAAUAAAAUGUACUUUGAAAGUUAGUUUGUAUUGUUAAUAAAAUAACGUAGGAUGUUUAAAGUCGCAACAUAGAAAUUAAACACUAGAUAUUGAAAAUUAGUUAUAAAUACUGUAAAUCAAAAUAAAAUGUAAAUUCAUAAAGAUAUCACGGCUAAAAGUCGACUAAAUAAGAAUUUUUACAAUAUACUAGAAAUAAAGUUUAUUUUAAGUCUACUUUAGCUUAUCAUAUUGUUUAACGGUUGAAUUACAUCAAACAAUUUUAAAUCUAUAUCAAAUUCUCUUUUCGGAUAUUGUAACUUUGACCAAUUUAUAUGUACCGCUAGAUUAUGUCAACGAAUUCAAUGGUGUACAAGUAUAGGUAUAGUAUAUUACCUUUCUUGGACAUAAAAUUACUCUAAAUUAUAUCUGUCUAUUAUAAACUGGCAUAUAUAAUAAGAAUAGCUAACAAAUUAACAGACACUGUUGAAUUCAUUGCUAUUAUUGAUUUGAUCUAUUUUCUGAAAGGUGGCGCUGAAAGCCAUUAGCUGUUAAAAAGAACACAAUCUAUUGUGAAGGACAAACUAGUUAUUAUUAUUAAUUUACGUUACAUUAAUUUUCUUUAAGUUAUUUGUUACUACAUUAUCUCUCAGUGCACUAUUUCAGUUUAUUUGCAUUGUUUGUGUGUCUAUAUAUUUUACUGUAAGAAGAAAAUGUCAAACAUAAAUGAUAUUAAGCGUGGCUAAUGAUAACACGCUGAAAGAAUUGCAGUCUACGUCUUGAUCAACUAGGUUAUUUUAAUUCAUUUCCAAUUAUUAACCGAAAAAAUGUAACUAUAAUUUCUAAUUAUGCGCCUAAAAGCGUAUUAUUAUAAUUAAAAUAUGACACGUUUUUAGACACUUGACAACGUUUUAGAGUAAAGCUAUGACUGAUAAGUAAUGAUGUGUAAAUAAAUCUAUACUAUUAGUUUAAAUUACGUGUUUAAGAGGAUCUUUAUUCAAAUAUAAUAUUAAUUGUAAAUUAGGCCAUUGAACAGAUUUAACGAAUUUUGUAAAUAAAUAGAUAACUGAUCAUCAUCUCAGACAUCAAAUUAAUGAAUUUUUAAAUUUUACUAAAAAUAUUUAGACAAUCAAUUAUUUACUUUAUAAGCAAAAUAUUUCAUCUCUAAUCUGUAUGUAUUUAAUAUUAUACGUUUUUCAUCUAUAUACAUAACAUAUUGUUAUAACAAUAAAUUAUGUUUCUGUCAAUUUUAUCCAUAAUAAUCUGUGUCCAUUGAAUGAAAGCUAAUAGAUUCUGUUUAGUUACAUAUUUUACAAUAACUAAAAAUGUGAAGUCAAAUAAUAGUUUAAUGAUGUAUUAAAUGUACAAAAUGAAUUACUACUAAGUUAAUUGUAAAAUGCAUGUCAAUAAGUAAAUAAAUUAUAAUUAUUAUAAAAAUAAUUGUUAAAUUAUAUUUAUUGUAAUAAAAUAAUCGAAAAUUUCGUUAAAAAUUUUAUUACGAAGUAAAAAGCAGUUGUAUUAGUAAACUAAAAUACCUAUUUAUUAUGAAAAACGAAAUUAACAAAAUUUUAAAAUGAGCACUAACAUUUUGUUUCGUUUGUUAGUGUAAGAAUACAAUUUAAAUGAAAGAGCUAUAUAAAAUGUAAUUUGAAAGAACAAAAGCAAAGUAAAACUUUUGAUUUGUAUGACAUUUGGAUUUGGCUACCCGCUAACAUAGACGUUCCUUAUUACUUGCUUGAAAGUUUAAACAGACAACCGAGUUUAAUGUCACUGAAUCAUUAUUAUUAGUACUGCAACUUCCUGAGAAACUACAGAAUUAGGAAAUACUAUCGCAAAUUGUCGCAACAAUUUGACGUUUGCCUUAUUAACUUUCUUCUUGCUACUUCAGAUUCAACCAAGCACUUAAAUCGUUUAUAUUUAGAAACAGAACUGUGCUAAAGUUAUGGUCUUAAUUCUUAUACCGAUAGAUACAAAUGAUUGACUUGAUUUUCCUUUACUGUAUGUAAAUACAUGUAUAUGCAUACUAGAAAUUUACCGAAUUCAUUUACUGCGUCUUUUAUCAAUGAAGCUUACGCAAUAUCUCUUACUUAUUUCAUUGACGAGCUUUCAUACAGUUGUGUGUACGCCGUACGGUCAAAUCACAGCAUGCGUGCUUGUAUAUCGAUGUAUUGCGUGAUUUCUAACGUAUGAGUUUACUUUGGAUCUCAUACGUCUAGCGUAGACUGUUAUUCGUCUGCUAGCUUUUCUGAAAUGCAAAAAUAUAGGUUUUACCAGGCGGUAGCCGUGUACCAAGCACAAUAGAACAUUGACUUAUACUACUAGAACUACAUCUACAGAACAGUUUCCCACGGUCCAUACCUAAACUAACUUGGAACGAUGGAAUUAUUGGAACGAUGGAACCUAUACCAUUCAGUGUCAGUGAUCGGUGCAUAACGUAAUGGUAUUACCAAAAUAAUGUUGACUUUAAUUUAGGAAAUUCUUUUCGGCAAAAUAAAUUGUCAACAAUUACUACACAUAUUACAGUUUAGGCAAAAAGGAAAAGAAAAUAUUGUAUUACUCUAGACACAUUUAAAAAUUUGGUUGUAUUCACUUCCAUAGCAAUUAAACUAAAUGAAUUGCUCAUUGUAAGUUUAAAUGAAUUUAUGAAUGUAUGAAUGCACUAAUAAUAUAAAAUUGUGAAAAGAAUAAAAUUGUGAAAUGUUUUAAAUAUACGAACAGCAUUUUUUUAUAUGUCUUCAUUAAAGUGACUCAAAUUUA